CGACUAAUUACGCGAACUCUUUAAUCCUUCAGCCAACCGAGUAUUUCGCAUUCACGAUACUAUUUUUCCCUAGAUCCGGACGACCAUUGAGCAGUGUUAUAUGCGGCCUGCAUUUAGUUGAACGAUUAGGAAACUCGAACGAUAGUUACAAGUUCCGCCUAGAACUUUUACACCACGCGAUCAACGGAUAUACUCGUCAGUGGUGGCGUUAAGCAAUCGUAUAAUACAGUCGAUUGUAUGCACAAAUAUCGAGGAAUAGGUCUAUUAUCCUCUUGUCAUAUACGCUAUCGUCAUUAAGUCAUGGAUUCUUCAUCUCCUUUAGCUGCUAUGCGUCCUGCCCCGGCUCCGGCUUGGGGUCAGUCUUCUCAUCAUUGCUUGCCAUCUCGAAACCCCUUCGCAUCUGGCAACAUGGGUAUUCGUGAGCAAUUACACCGGACUAGACCUGACUACUUCAGCUUUGGCUCUGUCCGUGGCUCUUCACCUGGUGCUAGUCUUGCUGCGGACCUUUCCCAGAAUUUCCGACUUGACAGCGAGGACAGCCCUCGGUUUCCCACUCCUCGUCGUGCUCUCUUUACUUCCAAGAUGAUGGAAGCUAUUGAGAAAGAUGCUCAAGUUAAGACUCCUCCUUUGCCCGCCACGUCUUCUCCCGUACCGAUGGACGACUCCAUGGACAUGGAUAUGUCCCCCUUACCGCAGAAGGAGUCUUUCUUUAGCUCAUUCGAGAUUGCUUCGCCUACCCCCCAAGUCGACGAUGAAGAUGAUAUGAUGAUAAUGGAUUCUCCUCUUCUCACACGUCAGCCUUCUGGGGGCCUGGAGCCGUCGAAGGUGUUGUUUGACAGCCGCAAGCGAGCAGGAAUCCGUCGCCCGUCUCUGACUCGAACCAAGGUUCACACAACAAGUUCCCUUCUAACGACUCGGCUGCACCCGGAAAGCCAGAUUUCAUCUUUCCGCUUUGGCUCUGAGACACGUUUUGGCGCUUCGACGUCCUCUGGAAUGUCCCCUGGUGAUUGCUUCGAGGACUCUCCCCUGCAAGAUCGAGACCGGAGGCCGCAGACUGCAAACAGUCCAUCCCCUACCAGUGGCGUGUCCCGCCCAAAGCCUCGAUUUUCGGGCCUGAAUGCGACUCAGGAUAUUCGCAACGGCUCUCCGAUUCCUAGUCACGUUCGUCGGCUUUCAAACCCUUUUGCCCGAUCCCGUCGGCCUUAUCGCCGGUCGCUCAGCAUGUUCGACAGCCCAGACGAUGUCAUCAAGGCCAGUUCCGAAGAGCCUGUGCCUCAGAGCACCUUGCAGGCUGUCAUGGAUGUAGAAGAGCCGCAAGAUCCUAUGUUACCUCAUUUCUUCCCUGAUGGUGAGAGUGACAACAUUCCCAGAAUCUCGAAGGCUACCUUCCUCGAUGUAAUGGACGGCAAGUUCAACGAGUGCUACACUCAGAAGAUGAUCAUCGAUUGUCGUUUCGAGUACGAAUACGAUGGUGGUCACAUCGAGACGGCUGUCAACUAUAAUGACAAAGAGUUGCUUACACGACAGCUGUUCGAGAAUCCUAUGGGUGGCAAGACUCUUCUCAUCUUCCACUGCGAAUAUUCUGCUUGCCGCGCGCCUAUGAUGGCCCGCCACGUUCGCGCUUCCGAUCGCAUGGCCAACGCUGAAUGCUACCCGCGCCUUACUUACCCCGAAGUAUAUAUCCUCGACGGUGGAUAUAGCGAGUUCUUCAUUGAGCAUCGUGAUCGGUGCUAUCCUCAGGCAUAUGUCGCCAUGGGUGCUGAGGAGCAUGCUAACACGUGCGAGCGUGAGAUGGGCAAGCUCCAGCAGAAGCGCAAGGGAUUAGGCAGAGCUAAGACGUUCGCAUUUGGCCACCGAGAUUCGAUGGUUGAUGCUUCUCCUACUGCCCCAACAAGACGCUAUGAGCAUGAUUCGCCUAUCAUGAUGAUUGGCAACUCCCCGAUUCUGGGACACAGCCGAUCGCCUCGACGUAUGGCUUCCUAUUAAAAAAACCCGACAGUUCCUAGAGAGCUGACUAGAGAAUGGCAUCUCCGAGUUAUGCCGUCUCCCACAUUACUCAUCAUACCCCUCGUUCUUUGAUUUUACGGUCUCAUAGACUAUGUGUUGAUUAUACCCAAUUUUCUUUUCUUUUCACUUCAGCAUUAGACAGGCAUUUGCAUAGUAAACCGGUUGGUUGCAUUGCCCUGAGCUAUGUUGGAUCCGGCAUCUGAUUGCUCAAUGGCCGGUGGUUAUUCCAUUCUCAUUCUCCCUUUGUUUUAUAAAAGCAUGGCGUACGGUUAGGAAAUAGGGGUUCACUGUGCUCUUUUCUCUUUUUCUUAGAUUAU